AUGGCGCUCGGCAGCCGGCGAGGCGGCGCGCAGUCGCGCUGGCUCCCUGGCGCCUGCCGCGGGGAACGGCGGCGACCGCAGGGGCCGCAGGGGGAGCCGCGCCCCGCGCAGCCUCGGCCGGGGCUGCCCGCGCCCCCGCCCCGAACGCGGCCGGAAGGAGCUGGCGCCACAGGCAGGUCCGGGGCCCAUCGGCACCUAGGACACCUCGGCGCCGAGGUUCCCAUUCCAACGCACCGAAGAAGCAGAGACGGAGGCCACUCCAAGGCUGGCCGGGCUUCUGGGAGAGUCAGGUUCCCCUCCCCAGACCUGGGACGAGCGCCGCGAGAAGCCGGGCGGAAGCGCCUGCACGGCCGGGCGCGAGCACGCGCCAGCCUCCCCGUGGGUGUAUUUUUAGAUCAAGCCUCGGGGUAA